AGCAGGGUUGCCGCGCCAGAGGCUACCCCAGCCUCCCCUUCGCUGCUUCUUUUCUCUCGGCCGAGCAGCGAGCGCUCCCUUCUCGCUUUCGCCCCCUGCCAGAAGCGGCGCCGGGGCAAAGGAUGGUGUUCCAUACGCCGCCGCUGCUGCCACUGCCGCCGCCUCCCCGCUGCAGCCACCCCGCAGCCAAGUGAACGCGAAGACUCCGCCGACUUGGAAAGAGGCACGCUAAGCAGGCGGCUGGCUGGAAGAGGCGGCGAGGGCGGGAAGACCCCCCUCUGGCUCGGUCUGGAAGCUCGGUGGGACGAGAAAGUCUGCGGGUAAAAAAGAAACGGCAGCCCCCGGGGUGGGGGGAAGAGACUUCGCCUGGCCCAGGGAUAAAAAGCAGCAUGACUAAGAACUGAUCAAGAAUCUCAAGAAUUUAUUCAUAACACUGAAGCAUAAAAGGCAGAAGGUUCUUUUAAAAAGUAAUUAAUUUUGCUGUGUAAAUAUGGCAGAUCCUUCAGCGGAAGUACCUUUUUUUAUGAUGACGCAGCCAGAAAUAAUUGAAUCUGCAGGCAUGAAUGAACCUCAGUGCUACUACAAUGAAACCAUUGCCUUCUUUUAUAACCAAAGUGGGAAAACACUAGCAACUGAAUGGAACACUGUGAGCAAGCUUGUAAUGGGACUUGGGAUUACAGUUUGUGUUUUUAUCAUGCUAGCCAACCUCUUGGUGAUGGUGGCCAUUUACGUCAAUCGGCGUUUUCAUUUUCCUAUUUAUUACCUAAUGGCUAACUUAGCAGCUGCUGACUUCUUUGCAGGGCUGGCAUAUUUUUACCUGAUGUUCAACACAGGACCCAACACUAGAAGAUUGACUGUCAGCACGUGGCUCCUUCGUCAAGGACUCAUUGACACCAGCCUGACUGCUUCUGUUGCCAAUUUAUUGGCCAUUGCCAUUGAGAGGCACAUCACCGUGUUCCGUAUGCAGCUCCAUACGCGGAUGAGUAAUCGGCGAGUGGUGGUGGUAAUUGUGGUCAUCUGGACUGUGGCCAUUGUCAUGGGCGCUAUACCAAGCGUUGGUUGGAAUUGUAUCUGUGAUCUCGCUCACUGUUCUAACAUGGCACCACUUUAUAGCGACUCUUACUUGGUCUUCUGGGCUGUUUUCAACUUGGUCACCUUUGUAGUCAUGGUGGUCUUGUAUGCUCAUAUCUUUGGAUACGUGCGCCAGAGGACUAUGAGAAUGUCAAGACAUAGUUCAGGGCCUCGCAGGAACCGGGAUACCAUGAUGAGUCUUCUAAAGACUGUUGUCAUUGUGCUUGGUGCUUUUAUAAUCUGCUGGACUCCAGGAUUAGUUCUGCUUCUUCUUGAUGUUUGCUGCCCACAGUGCGAUGUUCUAGCAUAUGAAAAGUUCUUCUUGCUGCUCGCGGAAUUCAACUCUGCCAUGAACCCCAUCAUCUACUCUUACCGAGACAAAGAAAUGAGUGCCACCUUCAAGCAGAUUCUUUGCUGUCAGCGCAGUGAGAGCGCCAACGGACCCACCGAAGGCUCUGACCGCUCGGCCUCCUCACUGAAUCACACCAUUUUGGCUGGUGUGCACAGCAGUGAUCACUCAGUGGUCUGAACAAAAUCCCACUAAGAUAAAUUUCGUGCUAGGUGAAUGCCUAGUUGUGAAGCUAUUGACAACAUUGUUGACAGCCUUUGAAGCAAGGAGAAUAACACGUUUUACAAGUUCUUCAUAUUCACUAAAGGGUUAUAGUGCUUAUUCACCAGUGCCCAGCCCACAAAAAUUCUCUAGGCUAGCAUUUUUUUCCCUUUUUCCUUUUUAAAAAAAAAAAAAAAAAGUAUAAGCAGCUCACGUUGGAAGUUGAAAAAAAAUAUUUGGACAAGUCAUUUAGGUCACCCAAUUAGCCAUUCAUCAACUGAUGCUUUUAUGACAUCCUAACACAAAUCAUUUCCACUUCUUUAAGCUUCAUAAGUGCUCCAUUGCCUUUUCAUUUAGGGCCUAAAGCUUUGUCUUUUCUCCUCACCUCAAAUACAUUUCAGUUUAAUGAUCCAUUCCCCCAUCACUUCACUUUGGGACACACAUUUUCUGAGCAAAGAAUGAAACAGUUUUAACUUACAUUGCAAUGCCAAUAACAAUGAGAACUAUAUCAAAAUAACAGAAAGAAAUAACUGUUUAUACCUUGUGUUUUAUUAGUGUUUGGAACAUGUUGUGUAUAUGCAGAUGCAUUUAAUCCUCACACUGAAAUCAGUGAGAUAUAAAAGUGUUGUUGUCUGACUAUUUCAUCCCUGAAAUUUUAAUUGUCAUUAAUAAAGAGCAGAAGGAAGAUUGUAAGUUGCAACAAAAGUCCAAUUUUCUUGUGGCCAAAUACCUUAAUGUGAAAUGGAAAGAACCUAAAAGAUCAGAUCAAAAAGGCAUUUCUUUGUGGUUUUGUAUCAAGGAGAAGGUUUUUUUUUUUAAUAAUGAGAGCUGAGACUUAUUUGCCAGAUUUUAGGAUCUGUCCCAGAUUUUAGGGAAGAUUGAUAUCACCGUCCCAAAAAUGAAUGACUGAGAAGCAAGUCUAUUUUCUGGUGAUCAAAUGCAUUGUUUGGGGGUGGGGGUUAUCUUUUUCGUGCUAAAGGGUUCUGUAUGUGAGAAUGGGUACAACAAGCUCUUUCCCCCCAAUUUUUAUUGAUGUUUCAAACAAAAGCUAUGUCAUGAUACUCAGUCUGUCCAAAUGCUAGCGUAUAAGUGGAGAAAAAGAGAUUGACAGCUGCCCAGAGACAUCCUAGGAGGACUUGCUACCUAAUUAGGUAGCAGCAGGACUAAGACUUGCCUCUUGAGGUGGAAGAUAAACCAGGACUCUCUCCAUCAUUCUCUUCUGCGUGGCUUCUGCCACUCAUUCAUUACCCAGAUGGUCUGUAAAAAAAUAUCUGAGGAUUUCUCAGAGCUGUGUAAACUGAGGUGAUUACUGCAGCUGUCCGUACAAGAUAGUUUCCGUAGACAUGAUCUCACAAUGCAUUUCUCCACAGUUGCCUUUAGAGCAAUGUCUAUGGCCCUCUGUGCCUUAGUUAUAAUGAAAGAUAUGGUCUGGAUAGCAGGUCUGUGGGUAUUGGGUGGACUACUGCAAAUACUAAUCUACCACCCAGAGUGAAAAUAAUUUAUAAUUUGGUAGAACUAGUCUUGUAGCACCUCUUACAGGCAGCUGUAAGAUAUUGUAGAAAGCAAAGGAAUGUUGGACCUGAAACUGAAUUGUUAUUUUUAUAGUACCCUUUAGUAAUUGAAAUAGCACUCCAAUUUUACUCUUUAAGAAUGAGAAAUUGGGAGCACUGUCUCUUAUGUAAUUUUGCUCACAACCAACUGUUUCCUGACUCAAAGUGCAAAUUCUAUUCAGUUUUUACACAGAACGCCAUGAAAUAAAUAUUUGACAGUAGUCAAAUCCAACAAAUAAGUCUUAAGAAUGAAAAAGUGAUUCUUAAAUAUAACAUUUCUCUUUGUAACUGUAAAUUCUUAAGAUCAAAUCUAAAAAUGUUUACACUGAAGGCUGAGGAUAUUUUAGAAGAAUUUGGGACCAUUAUAAAUAAUAGCAUAGUGAUGGCAAUUUGCAGAAGAAAAUUUGAUGAAACUCUUGUUUCAUCAAAUCAGUCAAAUGCUUUCAAAUGAAGGAUAAUAGGUUUGAGCUAGUGUCAUGUUUAUUUGGAUAGAGUAGAUAGAUUUCUAAAAACAAAAUAUAGCAAUGUCAAAAAGAUAGAUUAUUUAGCAAUGUACAAAGUGACUAGGUUAAAAUUAAAGGGAACUACGGCUGAUCCUACCAGAGGAAAUACAGGAAUCAUAAAAAGUUCAUCUAACGAAAAAUACUAUAUUAAUUUCAUAAUGAAAUUAAGAUCAAUGAGCCCAUUUGUCUUUACUUAUGUAACUUGUAUAAUAAAACAGAUCCGGCUGUUAGAAAGUUUUAAAAUACACUACAUGCUA